GUCUAUUCUUAGUCCGCCUAUAGUCUAUAUCGAACUACUAUACAUGUUUGUUAUGCUAUACUAUGUAUUCACAGCGCAGAAUCAUACUAUACCAGACAACUAAGUGUCGGAGAGGGUGUGUAGGGUGAAAAAUGUUGCGCUCUCUUGUGUUUUCACCCUCUGUUAAUCAGGGUCUAACAUCCCUGAUACGCAAUAACAUUGCAUUAGCAGGAUGUCCAGCAUCUUUAGUUUGUCAAACUAAACACAUGGCCACAGAUAUAUCAAAAACAAGUAAAAGUUCUUUGCCACAAAAAGUAAAGAAGAUACCUUAUAGCCCUUUUCAAAAUACUAACAAUCUUGCUGAAUAUGCAGUAGCUCGAUUAGAUGAUAUUUUAAAUUGGGGUCGUAAAGGAUCAAUGUGGCCACUUACAUUUGGUCUAGCUUGUUGUGCUGUUGAAAUGAUGCACAUAGCAGCUCCAAGAUAUGAUAUGGAUAGAUAUGGAGUUGUAUUUAGGGCUUCUCCAAGACAAGCUGAUGUUAUUAUAGUUGCUGGUACUCUAACAAAUAAAAUGGCCCCAGCAUUGAGGAAAAUAUAUGAUCAAAUGCCUGAACCUCGUUGGGUUAUUUCAAUGGGAAGCUGUGCUAAUGGUGGUGGUUAUUAUCAUUAUAGUUAUUCUGUUGUCAGAGGAUGUGAUAGGAUUAUACCUGUGGACAUAUAUGUGCCAGGAUGUCCCCCAACAGCAGAAGCUUUAAUGUAUGGUAUACUUCAAUUGCAGAAAAAAGUUAAACGUAUGAAAACAUUACAAGUAUGGUAUAGACAAUGAAUGUAAAUACAUCUUAUAAUUGUAGCAAAUUAUAUAUAAAAGUUGUUAUAA